AUGGGCUGCUCCCAUGUGCUCACAUCCGUCUUGAUGGUCGGCCAGGUGGCCGUGGCGGGCGCCAUCAUCGCGCUGGUGGUGUCCAAGAUGCAAAGCGUCAACCUAAACGUCGACGUCGCCCACUUCAACGCCGACGUCACUAACACCUGCCUGCUGGGCCAGACCGACAAGGGCGUCAACCUGUGCUACGUCGCGUACGGGUUCAGCGGCGUGUCCAUCGCGGCCACCGCGGCGCUGUCGCUGCUGCUGUGCUGCACCUGCAACCUCUGCGGCGUCGGGUCUGUGCUGGACACAGUGUUCUCCCUGGCGGGCGCCGCGUGGUGGGCCAUGGCUGGCGUGAUCUUCAACUUCUACUUUAAGCAGCCCUCAGUCGCCGCCCUGCCGCAAGCCGAGGUCCGCGGCUGGAUCAUCAUCCUCUGCUGGGUCGGCUGCGGCUUCUUCGCGGCCGCGUUCCUGGUGAACCUCUCCCACAUCCUGGCAAAGUGCUGCAGCUGCUGCGCGCGGUGCUGCGGCGACGACGGCACGCGGGCGCGGGACCUGGAGGCCGGCGGGCGCGGCCGCGGCCAGAAGGCGGCGCCCCCGCGUGCCAGCCGGACGGGGCAGGGGCAGUUUAUUGCGCAGGACAUCGCGCCCACAGCAUACUACAAGCCCAACGGCGGGCGCUGA